ACAAGAGUUUCGUUCUUCUUCCUCGCAUCAACCCAGCACAUCCACGGCGCCGUCGACACAGCGAUCAGAAGCACGCAUCUCUCCCUGUGACUGGACCGGAACCAACUCCUGGCUCAGUCUCUCUCGCUCCAUCCAGCUCUCCCUUUCCUAUUCUUUUAUGCAACCAGAGAUCGUCCACCUCAUCCAGAAUCGCGUCCCUGAAGACCCGGCCCCCAACAACCCAGCAUCCCUCGCCCAGCAUGGAAACCUUCUCUCUGAUCACUCUGGCCCCAACUGCCUCUCCCAUGGAGAUGGCGGCGACCGAGAACCUGUUGGCGACACAGUCUCCGACAGGUCUUCGGUCGCUAUCCUCCCUGGCACCGAUGACUCAGUGUCGUGUUCGAUAGACUCUCCCAAGCAGGACACACCAGCGCGGCCUGUCGAUCGAGUCAUCGAGUACGAGAAUACCUGGAUCCCUUCGCCAAAGGGCACAGAGCAGCUGGGGUUCAAAGUGAUCCCGUCUCGCAUCAACGGGCCCAUUCCACUAUCAGUCGAGAACUUCCCAAAUGAGGUCCUAACUCACAUCCUGUCGCAUCUCCCUCCGGCGUCGCUCUCUUCCAUGAGCCUCGUCAAUCGGCGGUUCCACAGCCUCGUGACCACGCCGCAUGCCUGGAGAAUUGCAUUUUCACGCUACUUUCCCGGCCCUGCUGCUAUCGAAGCCCAGAGGGGAAGACUUGAUUCCGACGAAUUCGAGCACCUCCUCUUGCGGAAACGUACGUUCUGCCGGCUGACGGCUCUGGCGUCGUGGAGAAAUGAAUACAUCCUGAGGACACGCCUGCUGAGGUCGCUGGCUAGAGGUAGACCAGCACAAUAUCAGCCAUCAGGCCAACAAGCAUCACCGCGUACUGGACCGGCUUCCUCGGGCUUGGCGACCUACAACUCUCUUUUACUGUACCCGGUCUCUCACAUUGACGGUGCUUUUGGUUCAGGUUCGGAAAAGAAGCCAGCCAUGUUUGUACAUGGAGCAAGAGAGCAAGGGAUUGCUUCCGCAAGUGACCCCACGGCUAGCAAGGCAGGUCUUGGUGCAUGGGGCAUCUCGGACCCUCAAAUGUUCAACCAUUUCGCGGAUUUAUUCCCCGGUGAGUCCCAGUGGGGUCUCGGUGCCGGAGAGUUCGUGGGUCUUCCGAACGUGAUGGACGUAAGCCAGCAAUACGGAUUGGUGUAUGGAGAGGGUUGUCCUCGUGGUCGCACGUAUUUUCUCUCCUCGAACGAGAAGCGAGGCCGUUUUUUGUCCCUGACAGAUUCGGAGACUCGUUCUCAACCGCAACUUGGAAUCCCCAAGCUAGUCCCGGUGACUACCAGUAUCUGCUCUGUCUGGAUUGCGAAAUCGCCACAGAUUUUGAAUAUCACGAAUGGACUUUGUGGUAUUCUAGCGGGAACUUCAACUGGCGUUCUUACAGCCUAUGCCAUCGGCCCCAAUCACUCUUACAACCAACGCUAUGAGCGAGGGCAGGUCACAGCAAGAUGGGUUCUUUGUCCCGGAGUGCCCAUUAUAGCGAUUCGCGUUGACGACAAUUUCUCUACCAAGCGACACGCGUACCGUCGCAUUUGGGCUGUCGUCUUGAAUGCACUCGGUGAGGUAUUCUAUCUUACCGAAAUCCCUCUGCAAAGAGAGACCAACCCCAAACCCACGCCCGAACAGCUAGAUCAAUUAGCCUGGGAAACUGGAAGAACUGUUCGCUGGGAACUCGUUGAAGCGACUAGACGUGUUGCGCGACCGGACCCAUUCAAUACACAGCUUGUUGACGGUAGCUAUACUCCAAGAUCUUCUAGCUGCUCUAUGGGCCUUACUGCCGCACAAAUUGCCGCAGAGACCGCCGAAGUCGAGCAGUACUUGUCCUUCAAACCCAAGCAUUUCAGCAAAGUAUGCGAAGGAUGGGAUAUGCAGCGGAAACUAGAAGUUGAUUUUGCGGGCGAUGACAACCAUGGCGCUGGAGAAUCAAUCACCGUAAUUACUUGCGGUGUUACACCCAAGCAACCCGUAUCCCUGAAACGGUUUACACGUCUCAAGUUCAGCUCUGCUCUGCCGGCUGUGCAGCAUGAAACUUUCCCUCGCGUCCAGUCUGCCGUCAGGCAUUCAUCAAUAUUCGGAGGCCCAGAACUCAUAUCGUCAGCCAGCGUGCCUCACACGCCGGCAUUGAGUGACGACAGCGGAUCUCAAGCAGCUCUGGCAACAGCCAUCUGGACAGUAUCAAAACUGACACUUGAUUUGCCCAGAAUGGCCCAAAUCACCACCGCUGCUCUAGAUAUGUCAACUAUCGCUAAAUUAACGGUCUCGGAAGAUCCACUUCUCAGCAUGUGUGGUGACUCUGACUCCUCAGAGACAUCUACUCCCCUCUCAGGCUUGAACGAGUCAUCAGUCCCUUCACAGAUCCCUGGUCAUCGGGCCCGAUUCAUCGCCGUUGGCACGUCUACCGGUACUGUCAUUGUCUGGAACAUCAGAUCUCCCGUUUCUCCGAACGCUGAGAUAAGUAAUAACCUUGAACCAAUUCGGGUCAUCAAUACCGAUUCUCCCCAAGUAUCUUGUAUCGCCCUGACUUCUCUUUAUUUGGUCCAUGGCGGCAAUGAUGGUCUGGUCCAAGCAUGGGAUCUCCUUGCAUCUUCACUACAGCCCAUCCGCACGAUUAAUUCACGAUUCUCCUCGAGAGCACGCCGCCGCCUUCAGCAAGCUGAGGCAACUGUGCAAGGAGUUGGGCACAAUUUUUUCGCUGCGGGAGCUAUAUGCCUUGAUCCAGAUUCAACACGUCUCCGAGGCAUCGUGUCUCUGGGAACCCAAUUGCGCUACUGGUCAUACAGUUCAUUUGCAGCAGAUCAAUAUAAGAGUAACAAACGCCGUUUACGAUAUUCGCAGCGUAGAGGUAACCGUUCGCCGGAAGUUGAUCGUUAUUCACAUACUGGACGCGGUGCAUUACAGGAUUUUAUCAUGGAUGAGCGUCUCGAACUGGAAAGACAGAAAAAAGAGCAGGAGAAAGCGAAGAGACAUCUCAGCGGCAGAUUUGGGGUCGACCUGUUUGGUCCGGGGGCAAGUGAGGACGAGCUCCUUGCCUACGCUUGCAUGCUCAGCGAAGAAUCGUAUACCAGCGAUGAAAGGAAGAGAAGGGAAAGCAACAGCAGUGCUGGAGGAAGCUCUUCAAGCGGAACUAUUGCUGCACAGCUUCCAAUUGGCGCGCAUGCAGAACCUUCCAUCCUGCCCUCUACACUAGGGCAUGGGCUGCCACUCGAGCCUCAAGUCCUGGAGCCGUUGGAUGAAGAACUGGAGCCAGAUCUCGCAGAAGCCAUUCGUCGUAGUUUGGAAGAUGCGCUGACAUCCUCACCGACGCCUACACCACUGCGUGAAGACAAAUUUGAGCCCGUUUUCAACGAUCCCGCAGCUGAGCGGUUACCCUCCUUGAGCGACGCUUCCGGUCCUAUGGCAGAACGGAGCACCAGCCAGCAAGAAGCUGAUGACUUUGAACUUGCACUUCGACUAAGUCUCGCAGAGCAAGAAGGCCAAACAUGCGAUGUAGAUACAUUCCAAGAGAGUAGCUCCUUUCUGGAGGACCAACUUGAAGACUUUCCAAGUCUAGAUAAUGCAGCGGCUUCACGCUCCAGUCAUGGACGAAGAGGAAGGGGAAAGGGUAAAGGGAGGGCAUGACGCACCAUCUAUGAUCAGACAUGAAUGAAUGGUUUUCGAAGCAUUUAAAAGAUGGAGGAGAACAAAAAACAAAAAGAAACGCAAAAAAUAAGAAUCUUUGAUAUGAUGUUUGAUUAUUUUUUCCUUUUUUUUUAAACUACUUUGAGUGUUGUAUUUUUGCCUGUUGAUACAGAGUACCUUUGAUAUAACUAAUGAAUCGGGACACCUUUUCUUUGGG